AUGGGUGCUGAUUCGGAAAUUCCAGAAAACGUCAGAGGCGUCGUUGAAUUUGAUAGCUGGUUGAAACCAUUCGUUCAUGUUUUGUCAGAAAGAAGAUAUUUAGGUGAUAAAUGGCAUUAUGAUAUUACUCAUGCUACCCCUGAUGGGUCUUAUCAGUCGUUGUCAAAGUUCGCUAGGGAUUCGUACAGAUCAUACGGAUUGCAUGCGGAUUGGGAGACUGGAGAGAUAAGAUAUAGAGAAUGGGCGCCUAAUGCUCAGAAAGCGUUUCUCAUUGGUGAAUUCAACAAUUGGAAUGAGAGUUCUCAUGAAUUGAAAUCCAAGGAUGAGUUUGGUGUGUUCCACAUCACUAUACCACCUAAUGCGGAUGGGUCGUUUGCCAUUCCGCACGAUUCUAAAAUAAAAGUUAUGUUUGUUAAACCUGAUGGUUCCAAGAUUUACAGAUUGCCAGCCUGGAUUACAAGAGCCACACAGCCUGAUCGUGAGACUGCGAAGGCGUAUGGCCCUGGAUAUGAGGCAAGAUUUUGGAAUCCUGAAAAACCGUAUGAGUUUAAGAAUAAGAGACCUCAUUUCAACCAAAAAGUGGACUCGUUAAGAAUUUAUGAAGCGCAUGUUGGAAUUUCAUCACCGGAACCAAAGGUAGCCUCUUACAAAGAAUUCACUCAAAAUGUUUUACCAAGGAUUAAACAUCUGGGGUACGAUGCCAUUCAAUUGAUGGCUAUAAUGGAGCAUGCUUAUUACGCAAGUUUUGGCUACCAGGUGACCAAUUUUUUCGCUGCAAGUUCCCGUUAUGGUACUCCCGAGGAAUUGAAAGAAUUGAUAGAUACCGCCCACGGUAUGGGAAUUCUCGUGCUGUUAGAUGUGGUACACAGUCAUGCUUCCAAGAAUGCAGAGGAUGGACUCAACGAAUUUGAUGGUUCCGAUCACCAGUACUUUCAUUCUAUAGAUUCUGGUAGAGGUAGUCAUCCAGACUGGGACUCGAGAUUGUUUAACUACGGAAGUUUUGAGGUGCAAAGAUUCUUGUUAGCCAAUUUAGCUUUUUACAUCGACGUCUAUCAGUUUGAUGGUUUCAGAUUCGACGGUGUCACUUCUAUGCUUUAUCUGCACCAUGGUGUGGGGCCCAGUGGGGCAUUUAGUGGUAAUUACAACGAGUACUUAUCGAAGGAAAAGUCGGGUGUUGACCAUGAAGCUGUUGCAUAUCUGAUGUUAGCAAACGAUCUGGUCCAUGAAUUACUACCGCAAUCUGCUAUUACCAUUGCUGAAGAUGUUUCUGGUUACCCCACAUUGUGUCUACCAAGAGCAAUGGGAGGUAUCGGGUUUGAUUACAGAUUGGCUAUGGCGCUACCAGAUAUGUGGAUUAAACUCUUGAAAGAGCAAAAAGAUGAAGAUUGGGAAAUGGGGGACAUUGUUCACACUUUAACCAAUAGACGUCAUGGUGAAAAAGUGGUUGCUUAUUGUGAAUCACACGAUCAAGCAUUGGUCGGUGAUAAAACUCUAGCAUUUUGGCUUAUGGAUGCUGCUAUGUACACAGACAUGUCGGUCUUGAAACCUGCAACUUUGGUAAUCGAUCGUGGUAUGUCUUUACACAAAAUGAUCAGAUUGUUGACGCAUUCUCUAGGUGGUGAAGCAUUUUUAGCAUUCGAAGGUAAUGAAUUUGGCCAUCCUGAGUGGUUAGAUUUCCCCAAUGUUAAUAAUGGUGACAGUUUCCAUUAUGCUCGUAGACAAUUCAAUUUAGCAGACGACAACUUGUUACGUUACAGAAUGUUGUAUGAAUUCGAUGCCGCUAUGCAAAACUGUGAAAGAAAACACCAGUGGCUAAAUACACCGCAGGCAUACGUCUCUUUAAAACAUGAAGGUGAUAAGGUAAUUGCGUUUGAGCGUAAUGGACAUUUGUUCAUGUUUAAUUUCCAUCCUACUAAAAGUUAUACUGAUUACAGAUUUGGUGUGGAUGUUGCGGGUACUUAUAAAAUUGUUUUGAAUUCCGAUCGUAAAGAAUAUGGCGGUUACGAUAGAGUUGAUGAAAGUGCAAGAUUUUUCACCACUGAUUUAGCAUGGAAUGGUAGAAAAAACUUUAUUCAAGUUUAUAUCCCAUCCAGGGUAGCACUGGUUUGCGCCCUUGAGUAA